AUCAGCCUUGAGCCAGCCAACCCGGGUUGGCUGAGCCUCGCUGCUCCCCCGCGGGACCAGAGCGCUCCCCCGCCGGGACCCUUCCCUCCCGUCCCCCCGCUGGGACGCGGCUCCGGCUCCAGCCCUGCUCUGCUCUGUUAAUGCAGCAGAGGCGGAGGAGGAGGAGGGACGCUGGUAGCCGGAGCAGGACAAAGACAAAGCAGGGAGAAAGAGGCGAGAGCAGGGCAGACCUGCUCCACACCGGGCUGCUUAUUAGUAUUAUUAUUUUAUUAAAGAAAAAACAAGGGGGGAGGCAGCAGGUCCAUGCCAGCAGAGUAGACAGAGAGCGGGACGAGAGAAACUAACAGAGCGAAACUGUUUCUGUUGAACUAAGAGGAGCUGAGACGAGGAGAACCAGAGGAGAACAGCGCGCUUCAUUUGAAACUGUUCCCCCCAAACAAACACGCUCCUCCGGCAGCGGCUCCCCCGCUCCCUCCGCUCGGCUCCGCGGCGUCGCGGAGACUCACUUUUCCCGCCUCUCUCAGGUGUGAGAGGCUCCGUCGAAGGGACGAAGCCAGGGCUGCCCGCGCAGCCGCAGACCGAGCCGCAGGACGAAGCGCGUCCCCGCCGCUGCUGCCGCCGCGGCCGCGGGGCUCUGGGCUUUAACGGCCGGCUCUCUCUCGCUCACACCGCCGCUGCCGCUGCCGCUGCCGCAUUGCAACAGGCGGAGGAGCCGGAGACACGGAGACGGAGACCCGGCUGUAUGGUCAGCUGGAAACCCCCGGACACAGUUAACCAGCCCGGAGGAAGCACGCAGAGAUGUCCAGGAGAAAGCAGGCGAAGCCCCGCUCCGUUAAAGUAGAAGAAGGGGAGUCGUCGGAGUGCGGAGGGACCUGGGACGAGUCACCUGUCCAGACGGAAGUCCCUGCGUCGGACAGAGAGCUGGAGCCUAAAGAAGGCCAGCCGGCCGGCGGGGAGGACGGAGAGCAGGAGGAGCCGGACGAGCGCGACGACAGAGAGCACGAUGACGACCUGGACGACGAGUCCAUCUUCACCUGUGACAACUGUCAGCAGGACUUUGACUGUCUGGCUGAGCUCAGUGAACACAGAACCAACCACUGCCCGGCCGACGGGGACGAUGACCUGGCCGGUCUGUCCUGGGUUCCGUCCUCCCCGUCCAGUAAGGACGUGGCGUCUCCGUCCCAGCUGCCGGACGGCUGCUGUGACCUGGGCAUGGCCACGGGCGGGGAGGAGGAGGGAGGAGCGGGGCUGCCCUACCCCUGCCAGUUCUGCGACAAGUCCUUCAGCCGCCUGAGUUACCUGAAGAGACACGAGCAGAUCCACAGCGACAAGCUGCCCUUCAAGUGCACCUUCUGCAGCCGUCUCUUCAAACACAAGAGGAGCAGAGACCGCCACGUGAAGCUGCACACCGGAGAUAAGAAGUACAGUUGCCAGGAGUGUGAAGCUGCUUUCUCUCGCUCUGACCACCUGAAGAUCCAUCUCAAGACACACAGCUCCAGCAAACCAUUUAAGUGCAGCGUGUGCAAGCGCGGCUUCUCCUCCACAUCAUCGCUGCAGAGCCACAUGCAGGCUCACCGCAAGAACAGAGAACAUCUGGCUCUGCGGAGCGAGAGGGAAGGAGGGAAGAAGGGAGGGGAGGAGGAGGACCUGUACAUGUGUGAUUACUGCGAGGAGACGUUCAGCCAGACGGACGAGCUGGAGAAGCACGUGCUGACCCGACACCCCCAGCUGUCGGACCGGGCCGACCUGCAGUGCAUCCACUGCCCGGAGGUGUUCCUGGACGAGGCCUCGCUGCUCACGCACAUCGAGACGCAGCACGCCCACCGCAAACACAAAUGCCCGGUGUGUUCUGAACAGUUUUCCUCCGUGGAGGACGUCUACUGCCACCUGGACAGUCACCGCCAGCCGGACUCGUCCAACCACAGCGCGGCCAGCCCCGACCCGGCGCUGGGCAGCGUGGCCUCCAUGAGCUCGGCCACGCCCGACUCCAGCGCCAGCCUGGAGCGAGGCUCCACGCCCGACUCCACGCUGAAACACAGCCAGGGGGGAGAGCGGGGACGCAGACGAGGGACCGACAGCGGCGAGGACAUCGGAGUCUCCCUCGGACAUCCAGGAGUCCACUGGGGGAAGGUCCCGUACUCGUGCCCGUACUGCUCCAAGAGAGACUUCACCAGCCUGGCCGUGCUGGAGAUCCACCUGAAGACCAUCCACGCAGACAAGCCCCAGCAGAGCCACACCUGCCAGCUGUGCCUGGAGACGCUGCCCACGCUCUACAACCUCAACGAGCACGUCCGCAAGGCCCACCGGGCCAGCGGGGGCUCAGGGGGUACGGGGGGCUCGGGGGGCACGGUCUCCGCAGCCUUCCCCCUGCUGCAGUUCACCAACGUCACGGCCUUCCACUGCAACUACUGCCCCGACAUGUUCGGGGACAUCAACUCCCUGCAGGAGCACAUCCGGGUGUCCCACUGCCUCCCCGGGGGCAUGAUGGCCGGAUCCACCACGCUAGAGGGGAACCACGCGUUCUUCUGCAACCAGUGCUCCAUGGGUUUCCUGACGGAGUCGUCCCUGACGGAGCACAUCCAGCAGACGCACUGCCCCUCGGCCACCGGGGGCAGCGCUGCGUCCGGGGGAGCCGUGGCCAAGCUGGAGUCCCCCGUCCUGCAGGCCGCAUCCCAGUCCUUCAUGGAGGUUUACUCCUGCCCGUACUGCACCAACUCUCCCAUCUUCGGCUCGCUCCUCAAGCUCACCAAGCACAUCAAGGAGAACCACAAGAACAUCCCGCUGGCCAACAACAAGCGUCAGGCCAAGGUGGCGGAGCUCAGCCCGGCGUCCUCCGACGUGGAGAUCUCUUCUCCCAAGAGACACCGGCUGGGAGGAGACUCCACCCCGUCCAUGGGCAGCAACGGGGACUAUCCCUGCAACCAGUGUGACCUGCGCUUCUCCAGUUUUGAGGGUUUCCAGGCGCACCUGAAGUCCCACCUGGAGAUGCUGCUGCGGCGCCAGUCCUGCCCGCAGUGCAACAAGGAGGACUUUGAGUCCCAGGAGGCAUUGCUGCAGCACCUGACGGUGCACUACACCACCACCUCCACGCAGUACGUGUGUGAGAGCUGCGAUAAGCAGUUCUCCUCGGUGGACGACCUGCAGAAACACCUGCUGGACAUGCACACCUUCGUCCUGUACCACUGCACGCUCUGCCAGGAGGUGUUCGACUCCAAGGUCUCCAUCCAGGUUCAUCUGGCCGUAAAGCACAGCAACGAGAAGAAGCUGUUUCGGUGCACGGCCUGCGCCUGGGACUUCAGGAAGGAGACGGAUCUGCAGCUCCACGUGAAGCACAACCACCUGGGCCAGAGGUCCGGUCUGCCAGGAGGUCUCGCAGGUAAAACCAACUUCUCCCAGGACGGUGGAAAAGGACUCAAGCCGAGGAAGUGCAUCUUCUGCGGGGAGACGUUUGGAACGGAGGUGGAGCUGCAGUGUCACAUCACCACGCACAGCAAGAAGUUCACCUGCCGCUUCUGCGGCAAAGCCUUCCACGCCCUGUCCCUGCUGGAGCGCCACCUGCGGGAGAAGCACUGCGUCUUCGACGGCGGCAGCGUCACGGGCAACGGCGGCGGCACGGGGAGCGCCGGCAGCCAGAACGGCACUCCCAACGGGCUGCAGUCGUCCAAGCGCGGAGGGAACGGAGGGAACGGCGUGGGAGGCGUGGGAGGCGUGGAGAGAGCGUCGGGGGUGGCCGCCGAGCAGGCCGACCUGCAGAACAUGCUGCUGAAGAGCGGGGCGGUGGGAGGAGCAGCGGGCCCGGGGGGAGACGCUGCAAACAGCCACGAGGCCAGCGGCGGGGAGGACGAGCUGGACAACGCUGAGCCCAUGUACGCCUGCGAUAUCUGCGGGGCGGCCUACACCAUGGAGUCCCUGCUGCAGAACCACCGGCUCCGGGACCACAACAUCCGGCCGGGAGAAGACGACGCUGGCUCCAGGAAGAAGAAGGCAGAUUUCAUUAAAGGGAACCACAAGUGCAACGUGUGCUCCAGGACGUUCUUCUCUGAGAACGGGCUCCGCGAGCACGCCCAGACGCACCGCGGCCCCGCCAAGCACUACAUGUGUCCCAUCUGUGGGGAGCGUUUCCCCUCCCUGCUCACACUCACCGAACACAAGGUGACCCACAGUAAGAGCCUGGACACGGGCACCUGCAGGAUCUGUAAGAUGCCCCUGCAGAGCGAGGAGGAGUUCAUCGAGCACUGCCAGAUGCAUCCCGACCUCCGCAACUCCCUCACCGGCUUCCGCUGCGUGGUCUGCAUGCAGACCGUCACCUCCACGCUGGAGCUGAAGAUCCACGGAACCUUCCACAUGCAGAAGCUGUCGGCCGGCUCCACGCUGGGGGGGGGGACCGGAGGAGGAACUGGAGGAGGAGGAGGAGGGAACGGAGGAGCCGGCAACGGCUCGGCCUCCUCGUCCCCCAACGGCCAGCUGCAGCAGCACAAGCUGUACAAGUGUGCGUUCUGCCUGAAGGAGUUCAGGAAUAAAGGGGAGCUGGUGAAGCUGGACGUCAACGGGCUGCCGUACGGGCUCUGUGCCGGCUGCAUGAGCAGGGGUACGAACGGCCAGAGCCCCAGCCAGGGGGGAGUGGUCCCGCUGGGGGACACGCCGGGGGACAAGCCCCUGGCCGGGCUCCGGUGUCCCGAGUGCGGGGUGAAGUUUGAAAGCCUGGAGGACUUGGAGAGUCACGUCCAGACGGAUCACCCCGAGGUCAGCCCUGAAACCAGCACCCUGGGGAAGAAGACGGAAGCUUCACCCGCCCCCAAGAAAAAGACCUACCAGUGUAUUAAAUGCCAAAUGACGUUUGAGACGGAAAGAGAGAUCCAGAUUCACGUUGCAAAUCACAUGAUCGAAGAGGGCAUCAAUCAUGAGUGCAAGCUGUGUAACCAGAUGUUUGACUCCCCGGCCAAGCUGCUCUGCCACCUGAUAGAGCACAGCUUUGAGGGGAUGGGAGGAACCUUCAAAUGUCCCGUCUGCUUCACAGUGUUCGUGCAGGCUAACAAGCUCCAGCAGCACAUUUUUGCCGUGCACGGUCAGGAAGACAAGAUCUACGACUGCUCCCAGUGUCCACAGAAGUUCUUCUUCCAGACAGAGCUACAGAACCACACGCUGAGUCAGCACGCGCAGUGAGGCCGAGGCCCGGCAGGAUCUCUCAGCUCGGCCGCGCCCCCGACCCGGCGCCGGCGGGGAACCCCCAUCCCCGCAUCACGGCCAAUCAAAGUGUCAUUUGCUACUCACAUGUAAAACUCUAACGAUCGCGCCACUGGGCGCGGCUAUUAGAAGCAGCGGGGGAAAGGAAUAUUAAUGGGAUAUGCUAUUAAAUAAAGAAAGGAGAAAGUGGGUGAGGAGAACUGUAAGAGCUACGUGAAGCAAAGAGAAGGCUGAACAAAGGCAUUGUAUGUGCAGUAUUUUUUAUUGUCCCCCCCACCAGCCCCCCGUCCUCCCGUCCUCCCACCACUCACUCCCCACGUCAUGUAUUUUCUUUUUCUUUUUUUUUUUUUAAUAAAUAGAGAGGAAAUAAGCAAGAAAAGACAUUUUACGUUGAGCUUUCUUUUGUUUUUGUUUUGGAUAGUUGUAGAAAAGCUAAAUUUUCUUGUCCUCUCAGUUGCUUAUUGCAUUCAUAGGUGCCAUUUUAUUUUUUAUUUUUCUUUAUUCCAUAUGCGCUUAUUUUCUUUCAUUUUUGUACCUUUCAUUUUUUCGCAGUAAGUAGGUACUUGUGCUGUGUUGUGAUUGUUUGCCAGUCGUAAUAAUCCAAACUGCUCUUCCCCAAACUACCCUUUUUAUGAUUGUUAUAUGUAUUUUUCCUUUUUGUAAUUACUAUGAAAAAAAAGACAUCAAAACAAAAUAAAGUUCAGAAAACAGUU